GGUUUUAUUUUAAAUUUUACGAAGGACAACUUCAUCAAAUCCGGUCGGUCCCUCUCUGCAAUUCAGGUCUGUGCAUUCAUGGCUUCCUCCUCCUCAACCCAAGAAAUUGUAGAAUAUGAAGAGCAAAGGGAAAGAUCUGCUGCAUCUCAAAAAUUAUAUGAUGCGUUCAUCAGCCACCGUGGCCCUGAUGUAAAAGAUACCCUCGCUAAACAGCUUUAUAAACUUCUUCAGGAAAGAGGGUGCAGGGCAUUUCUAGAUCGUGAAGAGAUAGAAGGGGGAGACUCUAUCCCCUUCGCCAUUAACAAUGGCAUAUGCUCAUCUGUUGUGCAAAUUGCUAUUUUUUCCAAAAGAUAUGCGGAGUCAAAGUGGUGUUUAGAUGAGCUGGUUCUUAUGUUAGCACAAACUGAUGCCCUGUUUAUUCCUGUGUUCUACGAAGUGAAUCCUUGGGAGCUUCGGCACACGGAGAAAGGAGCGUAUACAGCGGCAUUUUCUGAUUAUCGAAGAAAAGAAAGAUACCUCGACAAGCUCGAUGAAUGGAAAAGCGCCCUUGAAUUUGCUGCAGACAUAUCUGGUUAUGAACUUAGCGAGCAUAAAGACAAUUUGUGUGAAAAAAUUGUAUCCCGUGUGCUGCAAGAAAUGGAAAAGAGAAUACCAUUGCAUGUUGCGAAAUAUCCUGUUCGACUUUCUGAACUAGUCCAAGAUUUUGAAAGGUCCUGUUUAAAGACUGUGAGGGACAGGGUCACGAUGGUAGGGAUCUUUGGACUGGGAGGGUCUGGAAAAACUACACUGGCAAAAGAAUUGUUUAACAGAAAGCGUUCAAGCUACAAUGCAUCUUGUUUUCUUUCUGACGUGAGAGAAUCACAUACCACUCAAAAUUUGAAUUCCUUGCAAAGCCAGCUCUUCAAAGAUCUCUUCAACGAAAAUCGAGUAUUUAGAAAUGUGGAUGAAGGAAUAGGACAGCUGAAACAUCGUCUGGGAAGGGCAAGGCAUUUGCAUUUCUUUAUAGUCCUCGAUGAUAUCGAUCAUCGAGACCAGUUAGAUGCCCUGUUACCUGAAGCUAUGCUAAGCUCUGGUAGCCUGGCAAUGAUUACAACCCGUGACCAAGGUCUGUUAACGGGAGCAGAUAUCCGUUAUAAGAUGAAGGAAAUGAACAGAGAUCAUGCUGAAGAGCUCUUUUGUAGCCAUGCUUUCCGUGGACGGGAUGCACCCAUUGCCUAUAAGAAAUUGGUUGAAAGCUUUGUGAAAUUCUGUGGAGGUUUACCCCUCUCACUCAAAGUUUUGGGCGCCCAUGUUUAUGGUAGGGAUGCGUAUUACUGGGAGUUACAAUUGGAAAAGGUUAAGGACACCCAGCCUAAGGAUAUAAUGCAAAGGCUUAAAAUCAGCUUUGAUGGUCUGGACAGUCUGGAACAACAGAUAUUCAUGGAUAUUGCCUGUUUAUUCAAUAAGAAAGAAAUGGAUAAUAUUAUAAAAAUAGCUACAUCAAUCUGGAACGGGUCCCGUUGGUUUGCUGAACAUGCAGUUCAAACCCUGCAAGAUAAAUGUCUAGUUGAAGUCACGGUCAAGCACCGGCAUUUUCAAAUGCACGAUCACCUCCGCGAUCUGGGAAGACAAAUUGCAGAUGACUUGGGCCCUCCUCGGCUGUGGAGACCAGACAUUCUUAGAUCUAUGGAAGCAAAGGGAUUUAAACAAACCCUAGUGGAAACAAAGGGGAGGUGUCUUCAUUCGUUUAAGGACUCGUUCCUCCAAACGAAUAUUUGUUACUUUGUAGGUAGUUCAAAUGAUUCUGCUGAAACUGAACUUCUGUUGCUUCAUUUUGGCAAAAUAAAAAUCAUUCCAUCAUGGAUUCCUGUACAAAAGUUGCUCUGUUUAUCUGUUUCCAACACAGAAGAACUGUGGAGCACUUUUCAGCAGCAGCUGCAGAUCAAUACCCAGGCCAGUUUCCGGUUGAGAAUCCUGCAUAUUAAUUGUUCUCCCUCGUUGCAAAAUCUUCCAGAUUUAAUGGAAAAGUUAAGUCAGUUGGAAGAAUUACGUAUAAUCAGAUCCUUGGCAAAGACUGAUAUAACAUCCUUCAUACAAUCACUUAAGCAACUUAGUAAUCUAAGAUCAUUGCAGUUGUCGGAGGGCGGUGGCUUCUUCAAUGGGAAUUUGAUUCUGACCAAAGGUGGAGAUUCAACUAAUCUUGAGGCCUCUACAAGCAGCCGGAUGAAAAGCCUUGAAACCAUAAAAAUUCGCAGAUUAGAUCAGAUGUCAAUGUUGCUAAUCAGUGGAAACAUUUGUCCCCGACUUCGAUUAUUGGAAGUUUUAGCAAUGAGGAAUCUAAAUGAAAUGGACUUACAGCAGCUAGAGAGACUGGAUAGUCUUAUAAUGAAGCACUGUCCCAAAGUGGAAACAAUAGCAGGGUUGUCUUCUCUAACAGGGCUUCGAGUGCUGUACACCAUGGAAUGUGAAAGGUUGAGAUCAUUGCCGAACCUUGCACAUCUAUGUUACCUGGAGCGGAUUACGAUUGUUGAAUGUUAUCAGCUGCAGAGUGUACAAGGUGUGGAAGAGUUACAAGGAUUGAAAAGUCUGGAAAUUGGAGUGGGUGACUCUGGAGAUGCCAGUGUAUUGAAUUGCAUUUAUGGUCUGAAGAGGCUGCCGUCAGAGCAUAUCAUUUUGAGAGGGAAGCCAGUAGAGAGAGCAUCGUCCAGAUUAAAUGUUAAUUUGUUUUCUGGGGUAAUUGGCGCGCAAGCAGUUGGUGAGAUGAAGAGAGGAGAGUAUAAGCUGGAGAUGAGAAGUUCAUCAAGUGCAAUUACCAUGUAUAUUUUGCUUGUAAAGUCUAACGGUGCUUACAUAGAACUUGAAUCUGCAGUCAGACAUGUGCACUUUUUGCCACCUGUAGGCGAGUGGAUGAUUACAGUUUUAGUAACCCCGCACGAUAGCCAUGGUAGCCUGAAUCGUGCCACAAUACAUGAAGGGUUUACGGGUAGAGUGAAUGCAGGGGAAGAAGAGAAAGCAUUAACUGUAUUGCAAAGGAUUGUUGACCGAUUAUAUGGACCAUGUAUACUACAAAGUUUGGCGGCAUAUGACGUGGUAAAGCGAAAGCGAAAGCGGAAGCGGUGAGAACUUUCGCGAGAACUUUCGCAGUGAGAAGUGGGACGAAUUUGGCUAUCUACACUACAAAAGCCUUUGUGAUUCUCUUCUUUAUUCAAUAAAAAAUAUAUCUCAUCACUAUUUUA